AUGUCAUGGAAUGUGCUGUUUGUACUGUUAGUGGGGGUUGUAGUAUUGAUAUUGCUUUCCCCAGUAUUCAAGUCAACAUGGCCAUUUUCGACCUUCUACCGUAAUGUGUUUCAGCCCUUUAUUGCCGAUGACCAAAAAUAUCGCUGGAAGUUCCAUUUGGUACCCAUUUUCUACACUUUAAUUUACCUAUACCUAGUAUAUACAUACCAUACGAGAGUGGAGUGGCUAGUCAGGAGUGAACUCUUUCUUUGCGAACGGAUACUUGUAGUACCGAUCAUCACACUAGCACCGAUAGCAUGUGGGAUUCUGGUCAUGGUUACUAAAGCAGAAGAUUCAUACCACCAUAAACCAGGUUCAACAGAAAAAUAUCCCUACGAUUACUUGCUGUAUUAUCCUGUCGUAAAGUGUUCGACAUGCCAUAUUAUCAAACCUGCUAGGUCCAAACAUUGUAGUAUAUGCAAUCGAUGCAUUCUGGUUGCUGACCAUCACUGUAUUUGGGUAAAUAACUGCAUCGGAAAGGGAAACUACCUUCAAUUUUACCUUUUCCUAAUUUCCAACAUAUUUUCGCUACUCUAUGCUUUUCUAAGACUAUGGUGUAUUUCUUUGAAUAGUAAAACGGCACUUCCCAGAGCUGUUUUGACUCUAACCAUACUGUGUGGAUGUUUCACUAUCAUCUGCAUUAUUUUCACAUAUCUCCAAUUGACUAUUGUUAGGGAGGGAAUGACUACAAAUGAGCAAGAUAAAUGGUAUACCAUUCAAGAGUAUAUGAGAGAAGGGAAACUGGUUAGGUCAUUGAAUGAUAAUUGUCAGUCUUGGUUUCUAAAACUCACAGAAGAUGAUACUACCAAACUUACCCAAGACCAACAUGCUACAUUUUAUAGCACCAACGCCUACGACCAUAAGCAGUACAACCUAGCACACUACAUUACGAUUAAAGACGCAUCAGAAAUUUCGAAUAUAUAUGACAAGGGCACCUUCUUGGCCAACUUUACAGAUUUAAUACAGUGA